GUAUCCAUUCAAACAAGCAUGGUGGUAAUGAGGGAUAUAUUUCGGCAAUGCCAGAAUGGCAUGCAGUGCCAUGGAAAACUCCUCAAGGAACUCCAGAAAAUAUACGACAAGACUGACAUAGAAAAGUUCUGGUCAGAGUUCAAGCUUCUUAUGAUGUACUCCAUGAUCAUCCAACAAAGGGCACCUUCUGUGGAGCGAACUAUUGACUUUAUUGCCAAGUUUGUCACCAUAACAACACCCAGUAUUCCCGAGGUGGAGGAUCAGAACGACUCCACAAUGGAUGACGUCACAAACAACAAACUGCUUCAGAAAAUGCUGGACUUCCUGCUAGAGAAUCAUUCAGCCAAUGACAAAGCAGUGCGUUUUCGAAUCAGCCAGCUCAUCCACAAAAUUCUGGAUAAUCUGGGGGAGGACGCUCGGAUUGAUGACGAUUUGUACGAUAAAAUCUAUGAGUGUAUGCUCGAAAGACUCCGAGACAAGAUCCCCAUAGUGAGAAUGCAUGCUGUUUUAGCCUUGACCAGAUUACAAAAUCCAAGGGAUGAAAACUGUCCUGUCAUUAAAGCAUACCUUUUUUUGAUGAACUGUGACCCUAACCCAGAUAUCAGGAGAAUUGUUCUGUCCAAUAUCGCCCCAUCUGUGAAAACCCUUCCAGCUAUUCUGACUCGGAGGAGAGAUGUGAGAGACGUAGUGAGGAAAACGGCAUACACCGUAAUGGGGGAGAAAAUUCACAUCAAGGCCCUGUCCAUAGCCAACAGAGUUGCUCUCCUUCAUGAUGGGUUGACAGACAGAUCAGAAUCUGUUAAGGCUGCUUGUUCAGGGAAGCUGCUGCAAACCUGGCUGCGUACGUUCGGAGGCAAUGUAUUGGAGUUACUGGGAAGUCUAGACGUGGAGAACUCGACCGAGACAUGUGAACUGGUUCUGAAGACACUGCUAAAGGAAGCCCCGCUACCAGAAGUGGUGCAGAAGUUUGAUAUCUUAGAUGACAAGAUUCUGAUUGGCCAGGACAAGCUGACGAGUGAGAACGCUAUGUACUGGCAGGCGGUCUGUAAACACAUACACUCAUUGGGAGUUGAUGGAGACGAGUUUCUGGACAAGGUGCUCCCAAACUGCCUAGAAUUCUGUCAAUAUAUCAGGCAGUAUGUGGACACACUGAAGGAGAGUACAGAUAUUGAUACACAGAUGGAGAGAGAGUUCAUCAUUCAGCAACUCUUGUCUAUGAUACAGUACAUGGAGCUCGCUGAUCAGUCCUCACGAAAAGCUGUGGAGAAUUUGCUUCAUGAACUGCUAAUCAUGGACCAUGUCAGUCAUAGUCUUGUAAAGUAUAUAAUAGAGCCACUCUCUAAGAUCAAAUCCCAGUCCUCUAGUCUGGUACCAAUCCUGGCAGAGGUUAUAUCGGAGAUCCGUGAGCCAAUCACAACAGUGGAGAGGGGGCCAUCAGAGGACCAUCGCAGACAGAAUGAUAUUAAGAUUGCAAACAUUCGAGUGAAGCUGAAUGAACUGAAGGAAUCGUUAGAUGAGAGUGUUCGCAGUCAGGACUUUGGCCGAGCGGCUGAAAUUAAACAGAGCAUAUCUGAGCUGGAGACAGAAAGGAACCAGCUUCUGGACCUCCCCCAGACCCAGACAGAGGAAAUACGCACAGAGAGGACUGAUGUGGCCACCAUCCUUAAGUGUCACGCCAUUGUAGCUGAGAUGUUGGAGACUCUUUCUCUGUCCAGUGUCAGCCCUUCACUCCAGAUGUUGAUUGAAUCUCUUAUUUUGCCUGGGAUUCAAAAUGAAGAUGGACGGAUCAGAAAUCUUGCGGUGAAGGCACUGGGACUGUGUUGUGUCAUCAGUAAGGACUUGGUCAUGCAGUAUUUACCUCUAUUCAUGCAGGCUUCCCAGAUUGACGUUGAGCUGGUUCGCUGUACCGCGCUGAGGGUUAUCUUUGACAUGCUUCACCUGCAUGGUUUGGAGGUCAUGCAACGGGGGCGACAGGAUGAUGAGACAUCGUCCACCUCCACCGCUGACAGUCUGCUGGAGAGACAGGACAGCGUGGAGGACGGCAGCUCAGGGGCCGCCGCCGCCAAACUAGUCGCCAUAUUGUGUGCCUUCCUUGACAAAGAGAGUUCAGAGCUGAGAACUGUAGCUGGGGAAGGUUUGGCAAAACUUCUGUUGUCUGGUAGAGUGGUAUCUUCCAAGAUCCUGUCUCACCUUAUCCUCAUAUGGUACAACCCAACCACAGAAGACGAUACACACCUUAGACACUGCCUAGGAACUUUCUUCCCUAUUUAUGCAUUUGCAGGAAGAGCUAAUCAGGAUGUGGUGGAGGAGGCCUUUAUCCCCACUCUGAAGACCCUGAGAAAUGCCCCCCUCUCCAGUCCCCUGGCAGAGGUGAACGCAGAGAAUGUGGCAGAGCUGCUGAUCCAGCUGACCAACUCCAAGUUACUGUUGAAGAGUCAGAACGAAACGGAGACCAUCAAGGAAAACCCAAGGCAUGACAGUCUAGCCAUAAAAAUCUGUAAUGAGAUUUUGUCCAACCCUGACUCGUACAACCUCAAGCUCUGGGUUAAAAUUCUCAACAAGCUGGAGCUGAGUGAGACCAAUGAUGAGGCCUUUAAAGUGUUAGCUGUACUGGCUGAUCAGAUGUUAGAGGUUGUCAAAGAGAAGAUGAGCUUGAAGACACUGAAGAAAUUUGCUGAGUUAGUGAAGGAGAGGGUGCCGGUCCUAGCCUCCGAGGGCGACCAGGACAACUCCCAGAAUAUGGAGGGAGGUACAGCAGAGGAAACCACACCCCCUAAUGCUGAAAUGGACAAGACAGCUGUUAGUGAUAAAACACAGGAUAGAUCUCAGAUGAAUGAUACAGCUCUACAUCUAGAUGGCUCCCUUUUCCAUGAGACUAGUACACUGCGUCGAGUCCCAAGUAAAUCUGGAGGAGUUUCACCCAAAGUCGGCAAUCCAACACUGGAUCCAGAUGUUGCAAAGAGUCCUAUUGCAGCUUUGUUUUCCAAGACAUUUGAUUUUAAGACUCCCGAUAGAACAAAGAAUUUCAAGGCAAAAGGCCCUCUCAACUUGUCUGAGAAAAACACAGGUAAUAUAGAGGAAACCAAAGAGAGUGGUCCAGACACAGAUAGUCAGGAGGAGACCAGAGAGGCUGGGCCAGACACAGACAGGGAGGAAGACAAAUCACCAGAUUCAAGAGGCAAGAAAAGAGGAAGAAAAUCCCCAGAACCAUCCUCACCACAGAGUAAAGGUACACCCGGGAAGAAGUCCAAGAAAACUGAAAAGAACAGUAAAAAUUAUAAAAAACCUGAGAAAGAGGCAAAAAGUAAAAGUGGCUCAUCAGAUGGGAAGUCUGAAAAUAAAGAGAAGAAAAACACAAGUCCAUCUAUAAAAACUGGUCACAAGAAGUCAGUAGUUCCACCCAAAGCAGUUAAUGCUCAUAAAAGCAAGAAAUUGAGUCCUGUGGUGGUGUUGACAAGAACAGACCAGGAUACGUUGUCUACAAACAAAAAUGAAGCAAGUCUUACCAAAGAAAAGAAUAGUGGAAAUAAGAAAUCACCAAGGAAUAAAGGAAUGUUGGAGUCACCAGAGAAAGUAAAGGCCAAAAAAAGUGAAAAGAUAAAAUCUAAUGAUGAAACAAGGGCAAAGAAAAGUGAAGUCUCAAAAUCACCUAAAUCACCAUCUUUAAACAAAAACAAGAAGCUUACAUCUCCCCAAGCCUCUGAGGAAGAAGAGGAAGUUCCCCUGAAGACAAGGAGAACACCAAGGAUAAGACGCUCACAGUCAAUGACCACAAGUAAAACAGAAGACAAAACUCCUGAUGGAAAAUUGUCCAAAAACAAGGGAGUUAAACAUAAUUCUGCCUCAAAAGAGAGCUUGAAUGAAUCACCUAAAAAGCUGCUGCGCACCCCUAAACACACAGAUGUCAAAUCCCCUAUGAGGGGCAGGAAAUCCGUACAGUCGACCCCUGCUGAUGUAGAGCCAUCCCCACAAAAGAAGACCAAACUUGCAGAUUCAGUCAGCAAGUCAAGAAAGAGUGUCCAAGGAAUUGAAAAGAACAAGGGAAAGGAAUCCCCAACAAGGACUGUGCCCAGGGAGGUCAGUAGUCCUGUUACAAGGAGUGGAAGGAAAGUCCCAGUAGAAACUAAAGGGAAAACCAGUCCAGGCACUCAAAAUAAGACAAAUCCUGCUUCAGCUUCUGCCAAGUCCAAGAAAACUGCUUCUUUGGUCAGUAGUCCGGGAAAAAGAACCCGUUUAGGUGCAAGCCUCUCUGAAUCUGAAAUGGAAUCCCCAAGAACUAGAAGCAGAAUCACAUCUCCCGAGUCCAAUGUAAGCACACCAUCAGAAUCAGUCAGGAAGAGCAGCAGAAAAGGCCCUGCUGCCAGUAAACCAUUGUCAGCAAGAUCCCCAAGGCUCAAAAACGUGGAGACCAAGGAAAACAUGUCACCAAACAAGGGAAGUUCUCAGAGGGCUCAAAAAGAUACCAAUCAGCAUAGAAAUGUUUCUUCACCCCAGAGUUCAGGAAAUAAGUCUAAAUCUAGUCCAGCUCAGCCAACAAGAAGUAAGAAAAUAGCAUCUGAAUCGGAUAAUGAUUCACAGAGUUCACCUACAACAAGGUCUAGGGUACGAGGUAACAAGACAGCAGUCAGCGGCCAUGAAUCAAUCAAUAAAGACAAAGGAAACAAAGUUUUGUCAGAAUCUCUGAAUCUGUCCCCACGCCAUGUCACCAGGGCUUCAAUUACAACAGCGGACUCAUCCAAGAAGACUAGUCGGAAAAAUCCAGCCAAGUCUUCCCCUGAAGCUGAUGAGUCACCAGUACCUACCACCCGCUCGAAGAAGCCACCUGUUCCAGCCACCACCAAACUGAAGCAGAGCCGCUCCACGGCCGUCAGGGUGUCUGCUAGAAAGGCUUGGAAUGAGGACAGCAGCUCUGGUAGAAAGACAGCAGGUCAAAAACCAGAAAAGAGAAUGACUCGGGGCUCCCAGAAAUGAAGUUAGAAAGCAUCGGAAGAUUUUCCUGACCACCAGUUUGGAAUGGUUCUCCAUGGACAGUUUAGAGUGUUUUGAUUAAUAUUGUUCUCAUAAACUGUCUUUAUUAGAGAGAUGUACUGGUGUAUAAUGUCCAUGUCUGCCUGUUAAUAAUUCAGUUUUUCUUAAUAACUGGACAAGCAUAUGGCAUAUUGACAUAAAACUUGGUAUUUUCUGA